AUGUCCAAAGCAUUAUAAAGCUAAUUAGUCAAAACAAUUUCAGAAAAAAUCUCCAAGGAUUGCCUGAUUCAAAAGGCCAGUUUGAAAGAAAUAAUCAAAUUGAUGUUCAGCCAGAAAAAAUAAUUCUCAAAUUUUGAGUACUUAAGCAGUGGUGCUUACGCUCUCGUCUUAAGAGCUUAGAACACUAAGGAAAAUCGAAUUGUUGCCCUUAAAUUCCUAACAUGUACGAACAAAGAGGACAAAAAUGGCAUCGAAUCUAUGAAAAAAGAAUAUGAAAUGCUUCAGAAGUUCAGCUAAUCUGAUUUUUUGGUAAAUGUUUUUGAUUGCUUCUAUUUAAUGGAAGAAGAUGUAGAAGAGGAUGAAGAUGGUAAUGAAAAAGUCGUCUUGACAGAUGAGAAGUCCUAUUUUGUGAUGGAAAUGGAGCUUUGCUAGCAAAAUCUAAAACAGCUCUUCGAUUUUUUAAGGAAUGCAUAGCUACCCUCUAAAGAAAUAAAGGAAAUAAUAGCUAUUCAAAUGUUAGAAGGGUUGAAUAACCUUCACGUCAAAAAUAUCAUGCACAGAGACAUCAAACCUCACAAUUUCUUAGUUUGCCCUUCUCAAACUUAUGGAUUUACCAUCAAGCUCUGUGAUUUAGGAUUUGCAUCUGCAGUAACGAAAUCGAAAAGUCACUACAUAUCAAAGAAAGGAACUGAAGCUUACUUCGCUCCUGAGAUAGAAAAAGGAUAAUCUAGAAUUCAGUCGGACCUCUUUUCUCUAGGAUUAGUUUUACUUGAGCUCGAUAAUCUAAAAGUGCUAAAUGAAAAUUGGAUUGACUCUUUUACAAAAGAAGAGAUUUACUAAGGAAAAGCAAUAGCUUCAAAGUAUUAGAUUGAUAGAAAUUCUAAUAUUUUUUAAAUAGCGAAGAUUUGCUUAAAACCAAAUUAUUUGGAAAGGACAUCUUCAGGAGAUCUACUUUCUGAGCUUAUUAAGCUUCAUGGAAAACCACUGAAAUUCACACUCACCUCUAUGAUAUUAGAAGAACAAAUUCCAUAGUAAGCAUAAUAAAUAUUCAAUAGAAUGAAUGAGCUUCAAAAAAAUCAAACUUAAUUUGAGGAGUAUGCACAGAUAUUGCUUGACAAUACAGAUUCAAAAAUAAAGAAUAAAGAUACUAAUCAACAAUUUACAAAAGUAGAAAUACUAUCCAAACUAUUAAAAAGUCUAUAUGAAGAUAAGAAGUAUGUGAAUAAUUUCCAAAUUCUUAGCUUUGGAAGCUUUGGUAUGGUAUUAUCCACAAAAAAAGUUGAGUUGAGCAACAAGGAAAUAGUACUAAAAAUACAAAAGAUUGUAAAUGAACAAACAAUUUAAAAUGAAAUUAGAAUAAUGUAGCAGUUAAAAACUCCAUUAGUAGUCUAGUUAUAUGACAAUUAUGUCAUAGAAAAAGUUACAGCACCUGAAAAAUAUGUAGUAUUUGAAUUAGAAAAGUGUUCAUGUUCACUUUAGGAUUAUCUUGAAAGAUAAGCAAAAGAAGGAGAAUUUAGUGAUGAAGAAAAAUUGAAUAUUGCACUCCAAAUAAUUGACUCUGUCAAUUAUAUUCAUUGUUUCAAUAUUAUUCAUAGAGAUAUUAAACCUGACAAUUUUUUGGUUUGUUUGGAUGGAAAUUAACUUUAAAUCAAACUAUGCGAUUUUGGAUUAUCAGCUUAACUUGAAAAAAAUUGUGAAUAGAUUGAAAUUUUAGAUUGGGUAGGAAAUAUAGGGUACAUGGCACCUGAAAUUUUAACUAAAAAAGAACAUGAAAAUAAGAUAUACUCUAAAAAAUCUGAUUCUUACUCAGUUGGUUUAUUGUUAUCUUUGCUUGACAAUUACUUAAUUUUGAAAGAAAAAGAAGGAUAUACUUUCAUGACUAUGACUUUAAAAUAAUAUGAUGAGCCAUUCAAAAAAUAAAAAAUAAAUAUUAAGCGAGACACUGAAAUAUUUAAAUUUAUUAAACUAUUAGUUGUAUGGGAAAGAGUCAACAGAGCUUCUCUUUCUAUUAUUGUUGGAUAAAAUUCAAAAAAUUUCAAAUCAAACUAAAAUGAGAUGAAAUAAAUUUUAUCAUAGCAUUAUUUAGGUCCUAUAUAAAAUUUUGAGACUUAAAACAUCGGAUAUGCUGAUCCUUUACUUUCUUAAAAUUAGAUUCCAAUUUAAGAUAUCAAGUAGAUUAAGAUAUAGAGUAUGAGUGAUUUGUAUAAAAUUACAGAAUUUCAUAUUGUCGAAAUAGAUUUAAGGUAAUUAUAUUAAAAUUAAUUUAAAUUGAAAUAAUAUAUCCAAAAAUUAUCUCUUAUGAAUUCAAAUAAAUGA